AUUCUAGAUCCUGAAUCUCUGAAGGAGAGAUUGAAGGAAGGAGAAAGACUUCCGGAUCUGGUGGAACCAACAGUAUCACUAAUCCCGGAUUGUAAUGAGGGCUCUAAUAGUUUCAGUCCUUUUUCAGUGGUCAACCAAUCCUUACAACUUUCCAAAUGUUCUGAUCAGAUUCUGUAUCCAUCGGCAACGUCUCUGACAUCAUUUGAGGAAAAAGGUGAAAAAGCUGCCAGAUUUGCACCACAAAAUUUCAAGCCUAUUGCUUCUGUUAUCCCAUUUCAAGAGAAAUCUGCCUCUAAUCUUUUCAGCACAUGAUAAAAUAUCUAGGGCAUUUCCUAGAGACGGUAUGGUACAGACGCCAGUGACCUUUUCAGUAGAAGCUAGUGAAGGGAAUGCUGCAUUGGAUCUGUCCACAAGCAGAGAUCAUUCCUCUUUACCUAUUCCCACUGUGCAUGCUGACAAUACACUGACGGAAAAGGCACACAACACUCAGAAAGAAAACUUUUUGUUUGCAAACACACCAGCAGUGUCAUUUCUUCAGGGAAGACCAACAGAAACAUUUGUGUCUUCAUCUCAAAUGGAAUCAACCUCUGUUUCUGGUGCAGUAUCAAUUUUGCCAUCACUAUAUACGGAAUCAACCUCAUUUUCCAAAAAGGAAUCAAUUUUGCCACCACUAUAUACGGAAUCAGCCUCAUUUUCCAAAAAAGAAUCAAUUUUGCCAUCACUUUACCAGGAAUCAACCUCAUUUUCCAAAAAGGAAUCAACUUUUCCAUCACUAUAUAUGGAAUCAACCUCAUUUUCCAAAAAAAAAUCAUUUUUGCCAUCACUUCACAAGGAAUCAACCUUAUUUCCCAAAAGAGAAACAGUUUUGCCCUCACUUCACCAAGAAUCAACCAUAUUUUCCUGUAGAGAACCAACUUGGUCUUCACUUCAUGGAGAAUCAACCUUAUUUCCUAGCCGAGAAUCAAAUUCUUCAUCAUCACCUCCAGAUUCUGCCGUGUCAACAUCUAGUGUAGGUUCGAGGAUAUCAUCCUGUGGGAAGGAACAAACUUUAUUUCCUGGCAAAUGUUCAACAGUUCAGUCAUCAUUUCAACAAAACCUAAAUAUGUCACAUCUUGAUCAGGAAUCCAUCUCGGCUUUUCCUGACACUGACUUUGUUCAAAGUAGUGCUUUAAUUGACCUGAGUUCAUUUGUACAAGAACAUGUGACAAAUUUGGAAAGAAAAUCCUCCUCAACAUUGUCCAUGUUAUGUGAAUCCAAUAAGACAAGUCACAGAAAUACAGAAAAGAUUAAUUCACCUUUUAGAAUCAACUUUAACAGGGACAUAAAAACACCAUCUUUAUUUUCUGCUGAGGAAUUUCACCAGAGAGUAACACACGAAGUGACAAACUCCCUCCUCACCACCUCGAGUAUCUCCCAGGCCAAAAUCACUGAUUCACUCACCACCUCGAGUAUCUCCCAGGCUAAAAACGCUGAUUCACUCACCACCUGGAGUACCUCCCAGGCCAAAAUCGCUGAUUCACUCACCACCUGGAGUAUCUCUCAGGCCAAAAUCGCUGAUUCACUCACCACCUCGAGUAUCUCCCAGGCUAAAAUCACUGAUUCACUCACCACCUGGAGUAUCUCCCAGGCCAAUAAUGCUGAUUCACUCAUCACCUGGAGUAUCUUCAAGGCCAAAAUCACCGAUUUACUCACCACCCGGAGUAUCUUCCAGGCCAAAAUCGCUGAUUCACUCACCACCUCGAGUAUCUCCCAGGCCAAUAAUGCUGAUUCACUCACCACCUGGAGUACCUCCCAGGCCAAAAAUGCUGAUUCACUCACCACCUGGAGUAUCUCCCAGGCCAAUAAUGCUGAUUCACUCAAGACCUCGAGUAUCUCCCAGGCCAACAUCACUGAUUCACUCACCACCUGGAGUAUCUCCCAGGCCAAAAUCACUGAUUCACUCACCACCUGGAGUAUCUUCCAGGCCAAAAUCACUGAUUCACUCACCACCUGGAGUAUCUCCCAGGCCAAAAUCGCUGAUUCACUCACCACCUGGAGUAUCUCCCAGGCUAAAAUCACUGAUUCACUCACCACCUGGAGUAUCUACCAGGCCAAAAUCACUGAUUCACUCACCACCAGGAGUAUCUCCCGGGCCAAAAUCACUGAUUCACUCACCACCUGGAGUAUCUCCCGGGCCAAAAUUACUGAUUCACUCACCACCUGGAGUAUCUGCCAGGCCAAAAUCACUGAUUCACUCACCACCUGGAGUAUCUCCCAGCCCAAAAAUGCUGAUUCACUCACGACCUCGAGUAUCUCCCAGGCCAAAAUCACUGAUUCACUCACCACCUGGAGUAUCUCCCAGGCCAAAAAUGCUGAUUCACUCACGACCUCGAGUAUCUCCCAGGCCAAAAACGCUGAUUCACUCACCACCUGGAGUAUCUCCCAGGCCAAAAUCACUGAUUCACUCACCACCUGGAGUAUCUCUCAGGCCAAAAUCACCAAUUCACUCACCACCUGGAGUAUCUCCCAGGCCAAAAUCACUGAUUCACAUACCACCUGGAGUAUCUCUCAGGCCAAAAUUACUGAUUCACUCACCACCUGGAGUAUCUCCCAGGCCAAAAACACUGAUUCACUCACCUUUGAUGCCAAGCUCACCAAUUCUCAUGAGGCCAAAUAUGCCGGUUAUUACCCCUUCUUUGCCAAACUCACCAAAUCUUGUCAUCUCCGUACCAACUUUUACUUCAUCACCAAACUUUCCAAUGUCUUCAUUUUCAUGUAUGCCAAACAGGCAUGUUUUCGGCUCUUCACCAAACUCACCAAGUCACCUUAAUGCUCCCAUGCCAAAGAUGCCUGGUCUGACGUCUGUUGUGCCAAACUCUUAUCCAUGUCUGAAAACCUCCUCUCCAUCAAACUUGAAAAUGGACAUCAUCCCUUCUGUGCCAAAUAUACCUGACAUAUCUUCUCCGCCUUCCUGUAACAAUGAGAAGACGACCCAACAAGGGAUAGGAUUAUCGACGCCCCUUAAACAUAAGCAGAUCAUGAUAGAGAAAUACAAAAUGUCUGUUCACACCGACAACUGUACAUCAGGAAUCAACCAAUACGAUAGAUUCCUCUGUGAGAAUACUAGUGUAGAAGAACCAGCUGUUGAUUUUCCUGUGGCAGGAACAGAAACAAAAAGGAGAAAACUCCAGCUUUUUCAGAAAUGACCAAAAUCACGCCUUUUCUAAAUCAGAGAAAGAGUUGGUCUUUCCUGAAGCCAAACAAAUUUUGACUCGGGAAUAUUUUGAUUUUACUCAAUGUUCUGCCAUUAGCCACUCUUUACAAUAUGAUCAUCUGGAUCCAUGUGAAACAUUUUACUGGUGUCAUGUUUGUGAGAAAUCUGUCAAGAGUGAAAAAGAUGCCAACCGUCACAUGACUACUCAUGGUUUCAGCACCAAGGCAAAUCUCCUCCUCUACUACCUACAGGUGUAUGGUUGUGUGACAGUACAUUGGCGCGGCUACAACCGGUUAGAGAAGUGUGUUUAUCUGUGUGGCCUCUGUGACCAGACCAUUCCAUACAUCAACGGAUUCAAGCGUCACAUCCAGAAACAUGGGAACAAUAUCGUUUGUGACGUGUGUAACAAAUGUUUUAAUGAUGCUGAGAGUCUCCUUGAACACAAGCUAUCACAUUCCGAAUCCAAAUCUAAUGACCAUGAGGGUGGUGAAGGGUUUACCAGCAGGGGAAACAGACUAGCAAGCAACUCCCGGACAUGUUCUUCUGACACUGUCAAGUGUAGUUACUGUGGCAAGUUCUUUUCCAGUCGGGGCAGUUUGACCAUCCACGUUCGACUCCAUACUGGACAAAAUCCUUACAAGUGUCGACUAUGUGACCGAAGUUACCCACAGAACAUUCAGCUGAAACUCCACAUGAAGUCACACAUCCGACUUGGUGAUAUCAAAGAGUGAGAUUUACAAUCAUCCAACUUAAUCCUCUGUUAUGGUACAUUUAAAGUGAACAUAAUUUAGAACCAACUUGAAUGUGGCUGGUGUCAUUAUUUUGUUUUACAAAUUGAAAUCAGAAUGUUGUGGAGUUGAUACCUGACAUAUAUAAUGAUUUACUUACAUCUCUUUUAUAAUUAAAUAUGUUACAUUUACAUUGUAUGUACUUCUGGCAGGUUAUUUUAAAUGCCGAAUAUUUUGGUUCUUUCAUAAAAUAAAUGUUAAAAUUUGUCUGUUUAUGCCCCCACCAUGAAAUGGUGGAGCAUGCAUAUAGUGUUACGCAUGUCCGGUCCCGUCCUGUCCAAUUCCGUCCCGUCCCAAUGAAAUGUAACUAGCAAAUCACAGGAACUGCUAUUUUAAUCCUCACCAAACUGUGUUUCAGGGUGUCAAGUGACAGUGGGGGCAUUUCUAUUUUGUGAUUAAUUUUUCUCAUUACUCUGCCCUUGGAAAGGUCAUUUUAUUGUUGUUUUGUGAAUGGUUACUGGAAACAUUUUUCUCAAGUUUCAUGUGUGUGUUCCUCUUGGACACUGGAUUUACUUACUCAUUUUCUGUGUCAUUUGAGUUUUGUUAUAAUAUGGUUAAGAAAGAAGUCUAUUUUUCACUAUUUCUCAGAAAGUGCUGGAUGGGUCUUUUUCAAAUUAUAAAUGCUGUUUUAAAAGUACCAAGUUUAACUUUAUAUUGACCUUCUGUAGACAAAAUCUUGCUAAACAAAAUCUUUAUUGGAUUUAAAAUUAUCAUUCUGCAGGGUGUAUGUGACUGAACUUAUCAAAGUGGCCAGCACAUAUUGAAGAGAUACAUAUUAGUGAGUUGUUUGUAUUGUUUGUUUCACAAAGUUGUUGUCAAGGUUACCAAUAUAUCUUUUUUCAGUGUUUCAUACUUAAUAUGUAGUACACGUUUCUUAUUGUUACUUUAUUUUCAAAUUAAAAUUGUUUUCCUUUUGUA